AUGGCAGGAAAAGGAACAGACCGCAAGGGCAAGUCAAAAGAAAUAAAAUCGGCGAUUACUGACUUAGAAGAGAAUUUAACUACUUUUACACUACCAGACAGUUUACCUUGUUCGGAAAUAGAAUUUCCAGUACUAAUAAAAAGAAGGAACAAAGCUAAAUGGGAUGAAAUCAUAGAAGAAAGUGAUAAGACUCUUAAAGCAAUAGAAGAAUAUACAGAGAGUAGAAAGGAAAUACUUGGAAAACCUACGUUUUUAAAAACAGAACAUGAUUAUAUAAAAUAUAAAAUUUUUAUUUAUCUCAUACCCGCUUUAGAGGAAACGCUUUUCAAAGCUCAGCUGUGGAACGCUUUGAAGAUUCAAAAGUGUUUUUUUAACGGCAUUGAUCACAUUGUACAGAUACUAUGGAACAAUAACCCUCGCCACCCAGAACGUAAACUGGACAAUUUACAUCUAUUCAAUAUGCCGUGGGUCCGUUUACAGCUUAAGAAAACUCCCCGGCCUUACUAUCCAAAGUCUUGGCUCUGGCCUGAAGAGUAUGCAGCUACAUUAAUACAAAAAACUAUUCGGCAAUAUUUUGUACAGCGUGAAGAAGAAGUACAAGAGAUGCGUGAAUUCUGGAAGAAACUAAAUAUAGAACACGACAGACCUGAAAUAGACACAAAUCCAUAUUUGGCAAAAAAAUUUGCAUCUCAAUAAAGGUUACAUUCAAAUGUUAAUUUUAUUUCAAAUAAAUAAAUUAGUUCUGAAC